GCCGGGCCGGGCGGGGCCGCGCAGGUGGAGCGGCCCCAUGGAGCGGCCGAAGAUGGCGGAGCUGGAGAGCCUGGAGACGGCGGCGGAGCACGAGCGGAUCCUGCGCGAGAUCGAGAGCACCGACACGGCCUGCAUCGGCCCCACGCUCAGGUCUGUGUACGAUGGGGAGGAGCACGGGCGCUUCAUGGAGAAGCUGGAGGCGCGGAUCCGCAACCACGACCGCGAGAUCGAGAAGAUGUGCAACUUCCACUACCAGGGCUUUGUGGACUCCAUCACCGAGCUGCUCAAGGUCCGGGGAGAGGCCCAGAAACUCAAGAACCAAGUGACAGACACCAACCGGAAGCUGCAGAAUGAAGGGAAAGAACUGAUCCUGGCCAUGCAGGAGCUGAGGCAGUGCCGGCUGCAGCAGAGGAACAUCUCAGCCACGGUGGAUAAACUCACCCUGUGUCUCCCCGUGCUGGAGAUGUACAGCAAGCUGCGGGAGCAGAUGAAAUCCAAGAGGCACUACCCGGCCCUGAAGACCCUGGAGCACCUGGAGCACACAUUCCUGCCCCAGGUGAGCCACUACCGCUUCUGCAAGGUGAUGGUGGACAACAUCCCGCGGCUGCGCGAGGAGAUCAAGGAGCUCUCCAUGUCCGACCUCAAGGACUUCCUGGAGAGCAUCCGCAAGCACUCGGACAAGAUCGGAGAGACCGCCAUGAAACAGGCACAGCAGCAGAGGAACCUGGACAACAUCGUGUCCCAGCAGCCCAGGAUUGGCGGGGGGAAGAAAUCCAAGAAGGAAUUCAGCGCCAGCUCCGAGCUGGAGGUGAAGAACACCAGCCCCAUGUCGGAGCAGGAUUCGGGGAUCCUGGAUGUGGAGGAUGAGGAUGAGGAGGAAGAGGUGCCUGGAGCCCAGGAUUUGGUGGAUUUCUCCCCGGUCUAUCGAUGCCUCCACAUCUACUCUGUCCUGGGAGCCCGGGAGACCUUUGAGAGCUACUACAGGAAGCAGAGGAGAAAACAAGCGCGGCUGGUGCUGCAGCCUCCCUCCAACAUGCACGAAACUUUAGAUGGCUACAGGAAGUAUUUCAAUCAAAUUGUAGGGUUUUUUGUGGUGGAGGAUCACAUCCUGCACACCACGCAGGGCCUGGUCAACCGGGCCUACAUUGAUGAGCUGUGGGAGAUGGCCCUGUCCAAAACCAUCGCGGCCCUCAGGACCCACUCCUCCUACUGCUCUGACCCCAGCCUGGUGUUGGACCUGAAGAACCUCAUUGUGCUCUUUGCUGACACGCUCCAGGGCUAUGGCUUCCCCGUGAACCAGCUCUUUGACAUGCUGCUGGAGAUCCAGGACCAGUACAGCGAGACCCUGCUGAAGAAAUGGGCCGGGGUCUUCAGAAAUAUCCUUGACUCAGAUAACUACAGCCCCAUCCCGGUGUCAAAUGAAGAAGUUUAUAGGAAAAUCGUUGGGCAGUUCCCAUUCCAGGAUGCUGAACUUGAAAAGCAACCCUUCCCAAAGAAGUUUCCCUUCUCGGAGUUUGUGCCCAAGGUUUACGGCCAGAUCAAGGAGUUCAUCUAUGCCUGCCUCAAGUUCUCCGAGGACCUGCACCUCAGCUCCACAGAAGUUGAUGACAUGAUCAGAAAAUCCACAAAUCUGCUGCUGACCCGGACCCUGAGCAACUGUUUACAGAAUGUCAUCAAGAGGAAAAACGUUGGACUGACAGAGCUGGUGCAGAUCAUCAUCAACACCACCCACCUGGAGAAAUCCUGCAAGUUCCUGGAGGAGUUCAUCACCAACAUCACCAACGUGCUGCCCGAGACCGUGCACACCACCAAGCUCUACGGGACCACCACCUUCAAGGACGCUCGACACGCUGCUGAGGAGGAGAUCUACACCAACCUGAACCAGAAGAUCGACCAGUUCCUGCAGCUGGCCGACUACGACUGGAUGGCCCCGGAGCCAGGCAGCCGGGCCAGCGAGUACCUGGUGGAUCUGAUCGGCUUCCUGCGCAGCACCUUCGCCGUGUUCACCCACCUCCCGGGGCAGGUGGAUGUCCACUCCACCAUGUCGGGGAAGGUGGCCCAGACAGCCUGCAUGUCGGCCUGCAAGCACCUCUCGACGUCGCUGCUGCAGCUGCUGCUGGAGGCCGAGGUGAGGCAGCUGACGCUGGGGGCCCUGCACCAGUUCAACCUGGACGUGGAGGAGUGCGAACAGUUUGCCAGAUCCGGCCCAGUGCCUGGGUUCCAAGGGGACACGCUGCAGUUGGCCUUCAUCGACUUGAGACAACUCCUGGAUCUGUUCAUCCAGUGGGAUUGGUCGACAUAUCUGGCCGACUACGGACAGCCCACGUGCAAGUACCUUCGUGUGAACCCCACCACAGCCCUCAUCCUGCUGGAAAAGAUGCGGGACACCAGCAGGAAAAACAACGUUUUCGCCCAAUUCCGGAAAAACGAGCGGGACAAGCAGAAGUUGAUCGACACCGUGGCCAAGCAGCUGCGCGGCCUCAUCAACAGCCACCACUCCUGAGGGGCUCGGGAUCUCCUUCCCGCGGCCUGGACUUCGGGAAUCUCGUUGGGAGAGAAGAUUUGUAUUUUUUUAUUCGCCUGGAAAGUCUCCGCGGAGCCUCCCCCCCGACGGCAAAACGCUCCCGGUGGAACAAUCCUGGGAAAAAGAGGUGGUGGCAGGAGUCUCCUGGAUAAACUCCUAUUUUCAGGGGUUUAGGAAGUGAUGGGAAUUCUUGGAGCCUGGGAGAAGUUCGCACCCGGACUGGGUUCUUGUUUUUUGUUUUUGUCAAAGCCAAAUUGAAGGGAUCAUCCUGCCUUCCUUUUGUUAAUUUAUUCCCUUGGAAAAAUGAGAAAUCUGGGAAGAGCCAUGGGUUCUCUGGGCAGAGGGAAGAGGGUCACCCUCAGUGUGUCCUGUGGUUUGGAUUUAGGUAGGAAAAAGGGAUUUCCUAGGGGUUUUUUCUCCUCUUUUCCCCCUCCACGGGCUGAUUUCCACGUUAGCCUGCAAAUCCCUGGAAUCGUGACCCUUUCCAGCAUGUCCAUAACCAUCCCUGAGCUCCACUCUGGGACCUGCCAGGGGCUGUGGGAUCAUGGAGAAGGGUUUGGAGCAGCCUCCUCCAUCAGAUUUGGGAAGGCACAGCUGAAGGAUAAUCUGGGAAUGUGUCCUGUGGCAGUACUGUGGGGCUGGGAUGCUGCUGGACACAUCCAUGGAUAGGGAACGGGAAGGGAUGGAUGCUCACAGGGAUGAAGGGAAGGCACAGUGGGAUCUCCCAGUGUCCAGGAGGGGUUUUUCCCUCUCUUUUCCAUGCUGGUGUCCCAUCCUCCCUCUCCUGCUGAUGGCUCCAUGGGGAGAGCUUCCCUGGGAAGUUUUGGAGCUGGACCAGUGGGAAUCUCCUGGAGCACUGGGAGAUUCCCCAUGGAGCAGCGCUGCUCCAAAGUGCCUGUGGAUAAAAUUCCCCCUGUCCUGAAGGUCCCCAUAAAUCUGCUCAAGCCAGGUGGCCACCAACAGGAUUUAAUCCCAGGGUUCCACUUCCAGAGGGGGAUUUUUGCCCUUCUCACCUUCCUCUAAUUCCUCACGUUAUCCAGCCACAUUCCCAAACCCUCAAAGGGAAUUCCAAUCUCCCUGGUGGUUGUUGCAGCCCUGAGCUGCUGCUCCUGUGCCCAUUCCCAACCCUCUGGAUGCACCAAUCCAGAGGUUUUUCCUUCCCACCUUGCUCCUCAGCAAUAUUUUGGGGUUGGUUUUCACUUGGAGAAGGUUCCUUUGGCUCCAUCCCAAAAUUAAAUGGGAACACAGUCAGGAAUGACCCCCUGGAGCUCCUGGGCUGUCCCAGCCAUCUCCAGCUACAGGGACCAAGGGAUUGUUUUCAUUAAUAAGAGGGAAAAUUUGUAAUUCCUUGGAUUUGGAGAGGGAUCGGAGGUUCCUUGUGAGCUCCUCCUGGAGGGAUAUGGAGGAGGAAUGAUGGGAGAAGCAGCAGGUGAAGGAAAGUUGGAGUCAGCGUGGCCAGAAAGGGAUCAGCUUUGGAGACACCUCUGGAAAUGACCCAGAGGGACAAGGGAUGGGAAUUCCGGGAGUGGGAUGGAGAGGAAGCAGAAAUCCCGGGACACAGGGAAGGGAUUUUGUGCUGCCAUCCCAAAAUUCCAUUUUCCCCUCCUGUAUUGCACUCCACAAGGUAUUCCCACAAAAAAAAAACCCAGCAAAGCCUCAUUUCCAGACAGCUCCAGGCAGCUCUCACCCUUCCCAAAUCCACGCUGGAUCCCCUUCCCAUCUCCCUGAUUCCAGGAACAGCAACCUGGCAUGGGUUUCCUCGCUCCUUCAGGGUUUUUUUUUUUG